AGUGAACCGUUGGAGCAAAGGGGGAGGGGAGUAGUGGAAUAUGUAUUUCUAAACCUGUGGGAGUUUCCUAGAACAGGUACAGAGAGAGAGAGAGAAAGAGUUUUCUGAAUAUAGUGCAGUGGAAGAAGAGUGUUUUUUCCUUGAGUGUUGUUCAAAUUCCCGUCGUGUCUGUCGUGAGAGUUCCCUGUCCGGACCUGACAGUGGAAUCCUCGGGAAAGCUCUCCUGCGAGGAGGGGAUGAAAUCGGACAGGGAGGAGGGGAAACCUGUGUUGCUUCGGGGGGAGGUGGCCCAGCUCCAGGAGGAGGUYCACCUGCUCAGACAGAUGAAGGAUAUGUUGAGUAAGGACCUGGAGGAAGGCCAAGGAAGCUGCUCUGCUGACGUGCUCUCAGCCACCGAACUCCGCGUGCAGCUGGCKCAGAAGGAGCAGGAACUGGACCAUGCUAAGGAGGUACUGCAGGCGAUGAAGGCGGACCGGAAGCAUUUGAAGGCGGAGAAAGCAGAUCUCGUCAACCAGAUGCAGCAGCUCUAUGCCACGCUAGAGAGCCGAGAGGAGCAGUUAAGGGACUUCAUCCGCAACUACGAACAGCACAGAAAAGAGAGUGAGGAUGCAGUGAAGGCGCUGGCUAAGGAGAAGGACCUGUUGGAAAGGGAGAAGUGGGACCUGCGGCGGCAGACCAAGGAAUCCACAGAGCAUGCCGGCGCCCUGCGCUCCCAACUGGACCUAAAGGAGAACAGGAUCAAGGAGCUGGAAGCAGAGUUGGCCAUGAUAAGUAACUGUGUGACACAGAAAAUGGAAUACCGGGUGUUUGAUCGCCCCGUCGACAGGCAGCCCUCCCCUAGGGUCAUGGCGGCAAAACAGUCCUUAGUGACCCUGACCAAGGAUGUGCCUAAGCGGCACUCUCUGGCCAUGCCCACUGAGGCAGUUGUCAACGGCAACAACCAGGAGUGGGUGAUGCACGCGGACCUGCCCCUCACCGCAGCCAUCCGUCAGAGUCAGCACACCCUCUACCACAUCCACACAUGCCACCCCACCGACAGGCAAGUGGCUGCGGUCAGGGUGAGCCCGUGUCACUCCCGCCAGCCCUUAAUUAUCUCAGAUGCCUCGGCCAUGGAGGGUGACCGCUCAUCCACCCCCAGUGACAUAAAUUCCCCUCGCCACAGGACACACUCCCUCUGCAAUUCACUAGAGGAUCUGGAGGACCAGAAGCGUAAGAAGAAGAAAGAGAAGAUGGGCCUGGGUUCUCUGUCACGUGUCUUCGCCCGGGGAAAGCAGCGCAAGUCAAUGGAACCGGGUCUGUUUGAUGGUACUUCAACUCCCGAUUAUUACAUAGAGGAAGAUGCAGACUGGUGAAAAGGUGGCAGAGAGUCCCACCUGUGUCCCUGAGUGGUGAUGCGUAAGAAUGUUUUCUGUCAAUGUGUGUGUGUGUUUGGCCGUAUGUGUGGGUGUGUGUGUACGUUUGUGUGGUGUCCAUGGUUGCAGGCCAUCUGAGAAGCCUGAGGCGGAUCAUGCUUCGCGGAAGUGCAAAACAUAACAAGCAAAUUGCAUCUGUAUGUACAGUAUUGUAAAUAGAGUGGGCAGUGUAACCACCCUUAGGGGAGAGUGGGGUAUGUUGAGACAUUUUUUUACAUCAGCAUCACUACGUCAAGGGAAAUCAUAUGCUGUCUAACAAAGAUAUCUACAUUUUAGGAUGUUGUGUAUCCCCGGAAAGAAUCAGAAUUAAUGUAAACGUAACAUAGCUUGUGGUCUCUUGGCACAACUUAUUCCAGUUAUGGAGUUGAGAUGCCUUCAAAUUUUUGUUCUGAAUGAAAUAUUACCACCACCGUCUAUCUUUAUUUCCCAAACACAAUUCAACCCAAUAACAAUCACUGUCUUAAUCAUUUUGAGCAUCUUUUAAUUCAGGUUUAACACCUAACUUUUUUAAAACACUUUUAACAUAGGCCAGGCCCAGUUAAUGCAUAUCCCAGCGAUAUUGCCUUCACGCCUGGGAAGAAAGCACUUGCCAUUGGCCUGCCCCUUACCAAACCUGCCCCUUCCCAAAUUGCUAAAUUUACCCCAAGUAACUAUUUUGACUACAUUUGAAGUCAGAAGUUUACAUACACUUAGGUUGGAGUCAUUAAAGUCAUUUUUCAACCACUCC